AUGUCGGGGUCGCUCGGGUCCCUCAAGGCCGCCGCCGAGCGCAUCAUCCUCGACCCAAGAUACCAUGACUUGCUGUCCAUCGUCAAGGGCGCCCGCAAUGGAGCCGUUUAUGGCACCAAAGUUCGGUUUCCGCAUGCGCUCGUCAUGAUCAUUCUCUUCCGCUCCGGAACCCUCCGAGAAAAGUUCCGCCUCGUCUUUCGCGCAACACGCACCCACGCCCGCAAUCUCGCAAAAUUCGCGACCAUCUACAAGGCCAUCUGUCUGCUCCUUAAACACUACGGUCCGACGCCCGGCAAAGAAGGGCCCUACGAUAGCUUUCUCGCCGGUUUACUAGGCGGCUACAUCGUUUUCGGGCGGCGCUCGCCGCGCACGGGCAAGAUCUCGAGCGUGAGCCAGCAGAUCGUCAUCUACGUGUUCGCGCGCGUGGUGCUCGCGCUGGCGCGGCUGGCCGUGAAACCCCGCGCCAGCGGCGGACGAGGCGGGUUCGGCCUGCCGGUCGUGUCGGAACCCCGGAACAGCGCCGUCAUCAGCUACUACGCCUGGCCCGUUUUCGCCAGCGUCUCGUGGGCGGCAGUCAUGCACCUGUUCAAGUACCAUGCCGCCGAGCUGCAGCCGAGCUUGAGGAGUAGCAUGACGUAUAUCUAUGCCGAUUCGGAUCGAUGGGAUGGGUUGAGGACUUUCCUGUGGCACAAUAAGUGA